GGGCCUUUCCGGGUCUCCGAUGUCAUCCUCUUUCACUCUUCAGCUCCGAACACUAAAACCCAGUAACAGAGAGGGUUAAGGUGUUCAAGACUGAAGCUUUCUUCUUCUGUUUUUUGGCUAAAGACUGAACCUUUUUGCUAAAACCAUGGCUGUCUUACACAGCUGCGCGCCUUUUCUGCAAAGUCCGAGCAUUCCCUUAUCCUUGUUUUGCCGCCAGAAACACUGCUCGCCACCGUUUUGGGCCGUCGGAGGUCCAUUUCGGAGCUGUUAUGGUCAGCCCAAGACGAGUGUAUUGGUGGCUAAAGCGGGUCGGGGUCUAAAGUUGGGGACCCAGAAAGAGAGUGGAGGAGAAGAUGGAGGCUUUGGUGAUGAAGAGGAGGAUGAAGGUGAAGAUGGGUUUUCGGGUCGGAGUGGGUUUGUGGGGAGAGGAGAAGGGAAGGAGUUUGAUCGAGACCCUGAGUUUGCUGAAAUAAUGGGUGCUUGUCUUGAUGACCCACAAAAGGCUAGGUCCAAGAUGGAGGAGAGGUUGAGGAAGAAAAGGAACAAGAUAUUGCAUACAAAAUCGGGGUCAGGGGAACCCAUGAGAGUGGUAUUCAAUGACUUUGGUUUCUCAAAUUCAUACAUAUGGUUCAAGUUCUACAACAUUCCAUUGGAACAAGAUGUUUCCUUAAUCUCGGAUACUAUUCGAUCGUGGCACAUUAUUGGACGCUUGGGUGGAUGCAAUUCCAUGAAUAUGCAAUUGUCACAAUCCCCUUUGGAUAAACGACCAAGUUAUGAUCCCAUUCAGGGAGCAAAUGUGACACCAACUACAUUUUACAAUAUUGGAGAUCUUGAGAUUCAAGACAACUUGGGACGUGUUUGGGUGGAUAUCGGUACUAAAGAGCCACUGAUACUGGAUGUUCUGAUAAAUGCAUUGACUCAGAUAAGCUCCGACUUUGUUGGAAUCAAGCAAGUGGUGUUUGGUGGAACUGAAUUUGAACACUGGAAGGAGAACAUGACAUCAGAGGAAGUUGGUUAUACUGUUCACAAGAUUUAGCCAAUUUGCUGUGCAUCCACGAUCUCUAAAUUAGUGCAACCAUUCAUUGCGCUCAACAUCUGAUGAUUGAGGAACCAAGACCGAGUACUAAAGACAAGUCAAGAAUGCAGAUGCUGGGAGUACCAAAUCGAUGAUUAUUUAGGAUUCCGAUUGUCAAUGUAUAUGUAAUAUUGCUUAAGAGAAAAGUUAGCGAACUCUAAGGAGACACAAUUCAGUCCAGUAAUUUAGCUUGGAAAGGAUCCAUUUUUGACAAAAAGAGGAGUAGAUUUUGCAA